CUCAGAUAUGGGUUGUGGCGGAAGUUCACAGUCCAAGACGAUUGCUGGGAUACCCCCACAACCCCCUUAUCACGGCCCCCCAUGUGAAUAUCGGAUGGAAAACUUUGCGAUUGCUUACGUGGAACAGUCUAACCUUGGAUUUAUGCCUACCGCAGGCAUGCCGUUAAUGACCUUGGACGAAAAGGUUUACAGCGUCACUUUGGGGUCUUUGUAUGACCUUGGAUUCCGUUUGUUGACCUUCUCGGUAGUUCCGGCGUCGCUCACAGUCAGUGGCUUUGUUACAGCUAACGUCAAGCAAACACACAAGUAUCAAGGAAUCUGUAGGAAACUGCCCGAGGACGAAUUACCCCAGCAAUGGUCCCUCAAAGUCGUAAAAUCUUAUUUACCCUCGAAAGUCUUUACAUACGGAGUGUUUAGAUUGGGUGAUGCAAAAAUUACUGCUGACGCCAAUCAUAUUUUUCAAACAAUAAUGAACGAGGCUGCAAACGGGGCCAGGCUUGUUUGUGUUGAAAUAACGGGGUUUAACUCUCAAAAUGUGAAGCAACCCGGAGCAACAAGCGCCGCUGCAGGGGCCUUUGGUGGCCAAGGUGCUAUGAACGUAUGCUUCUUUGGACAGAGUCCAGACAUGAUUCUAGGAGUGGAUAUCUUCUUUGAGAUACCCAGAAACCCCUCGUCAACCCGAUAUGUAUACCAAUGUGUUACAAUUCCAAUGAAAAUCACCUGGACAAUGGCCAUGGCGUUAGGAGGAAAAUGGAUCGUCGAGAUGGACUGGGUAGGUGUGACAUCACAGUACCUUGGGACAGGUUGGAAACUAGUGGACGUCUUCAUGGACCAAAACAAUAGCGGUUUCCGGGAUGGGUUCUUUACGUCCAAAAUAACAAUCAACCAGAACUGCGUAUUCUUUUUCGAAAAAGAGCAAUCGAAACUUAAUGAUAACACGCCUGUGUACGAGGCUACAAUGGUAGAAUAUAGCGCCCCCGGUAAAAUGGUGAUGGGUGGAAUUGGUUCCACUACAGCGCAUUUCAACCCGGCUUGGGAACCAGUUCUUGACCAGCUUGGAACUUUUGGAUGGGAACUAGUCAAAAUUUUAGACACUCCAGCAAUGAAGUUUGAUGGCGGAGGAUUGGGGUCCCUUUCAUUUAAAAAGGUCAUGUGGAUGUUUUUGCAUCGAAAAAUCGUUGCUGCUCCACCUGCUGAAGAGAAGUCUAGUGGAGAAAACGCACCGACUCCAGCCGAACCACCAAAAUAAUCUUCAUGUAACACUCCUACCUGGACUUGUCUAACUGUGAUAUCAUCAUGUAUUAUCUAUUGGGCAUCUAUUUGCAACUAGCUACUCUAGCCUUCGACCAAAAUAACCCUAAUCGCCAUUCAACAACUUACUGGAUUUGUUUGUGAUAUUAUCUAUUGAAUCUCUAUUUGAGCUUGUGUCGACUUUUUGUUUAUAUAGAUAUAUAUAAAAGAAUGAGUAAAUUUGGCCAUGUAUUAUAUAAUAACCAAGGAUUUCGGCAGAAUUUACUAAAAUUCUUAUUGUUCAUGCGGGUUGUAGGCAACACAGAAAGCAGCAACAUUUUACUGCUAUUUAAAGAUUUU